GUCAGCCCUCAUGCUGCAGGCAGUGUCCAGGACUGCAAGGAGGUAUUACGCCAGUCGAGUCCCAAAUCAGGCAGCGGCAGUAUGCGGUCUUUAUGAUGUUGAUCACAUAUCAAAAUCUGCAGAUGCCUCUUUUAGCUCAAAGGGGCUUCGAGAAUUCUCGCACCACUGUUUUCCAAGAUGGCCUCCAGCAUGCCCUGGCAUUAAUGUCCACUUGCAUCAGACAAAUUCCUUCAAGAUCGCGGAUAGUCAGGUGUUGAAGGACCCUCUGCAGGGGAAUAGAUGCUUCAGCAGCAGUCCGCUGACAGAGGCACGUGUGCAAGGGCCAGAUGGGAAUGGCGCAUCAGGAAAGGUUGUGCUGUAUCGCGGCAUAGGCAUGAUCCCCUUCAGAGUGCUGGUCCGGCUGAAGAUAUUCCAGUUGGCAGGGGUUGCCGCCCUGGCAAUCCCCAUCAACACAUUCCUUGUACAGGGGAGUGUUUCCAGUGUGCAAGCCGUCAUGGCCACAGCACUGGUGGUGGGCUGUGCAGCAGCGUCUGUCACGCUGUGGUAUUACUCCAGGCGCUAUGUUGGUGAGAUGUCGCUGUUGCAAAGGCCAGGGGACGCCCAGUCCUCCCUGUGCUUCAGUGUGCUGGACUUCUGGGGGAACCGUGAGGACAAUAUUGUUCCUGCUGGACGGCUGAUUGCGCCUCUGCAAGGCUGCUCUCAGACUCAGCUUACAGAGAUUGCUAAGCAGACGCUCCUGCCAGUUGAUGUAGAAGGGGACAGGCAAUACAUACUGUCACUGCGCCACGGCCACCUAGUGAAUAAGCAGAAGCUCAUGGAAGUCUUGAAAGGACGGUUGAGCAGCGAGCAGACGGGCAGUUGAGUUGACCAUGUCAUAUGUUGAGAUCGUGCACUCUAUCGUCCGUGGUAUUGAGCAGUACAAACUCAAUUUGAAUAGUAACUUCCUAGUAUUUGUAAUGUAGCUGAUAUUGUC